GGAGGGGAAAAUAGUAACACGCGUAGGGUGUUCAAUGGCCUGGAGAUCUGCCAACUUGCAAUCGACGCGUGUACUUUCCGGACACCGCCAGGUGUCGACAGGCUACGAUUUGUUGCGACAAACUGUGGACAAGCCACACCAACACAGGAAUUUCUACACAUCGUGACGAUCCUCUGACAUGUCGCCGUGACAACAUAGGAGAUUCGCCGUGACUGACUUAGGACAAGUUUCCAUGUAACAUCAUCGUCAGAUGGCUGGCUGAAAGAGUAAACGGGCAUUUGGUUUUUCGGUUGUGGAUAUCAUUCAGCACCCCGAACUAAGUCAUUUUUUCAAUUAAACUCAACGGUGACGCCAUUUUUAUUACACCUGAUUUUUUUUUAUCUGUACGUGAAGUGGUCGAUCUGUUCAGUUUUGUGAUCAAAGUACGGAAAGGUUUUACUAUAGGAGUCUGGCGACGAUUUCUUUUCUCCUACGGUAGAAGUGAGCAUUGUUACAAUGACUGUCCGACACGGGUAAUGCAAAAAGAAAAGUGUAAUUUAAAAAUGUGCCCAUGACGUGGGAUAAUUCCAAAAGACUGACGCGACGGCUAAUAUUUUAAAACAGUGCUUCCUUGUUGAGAGACAACUCUCGAGUCUUGAUUGGAUUUGCGUAAGAGUCACCUCCCCUGCAAUCCAAACAGUGAGGCGAUGAUUGGCGUGAUCAAGAAGUUCUUGGUGUGGUGGCAAGAAUCUCCCACAGUUUUUAAGCCACGAGAAGAAGUUCCAGAGACUGUUGAAGUUACGAUGGCUUCUAAGUGCCAGGAAUUUAAUUUUAAGCAUGUGACGCUUGUUGAGAGUGUAGAAGUGUAUAGCUGUGAAUCGAAAUGAGCACAUCGCCACUGGAUACUGCCGAUCGUCAGUCAUGGCCAGAGCUAGAGGAUCGCUGAUCUACUCUGCAGACGUCCUAGAUGAGCUCAAGCAGGCAGUGGGAGAUGCGCGCGAUGAUGAAUCCGGCUUCAGGCAGAAGAUCACUGCACUCCAGAGAUUCCUCAACCACGGCAUGUCCCGCUUCUCCCUUGAGAGCUGGCACGUGGUGCUGACGUCACUCUUCCAGGCCUAUCAGCACGUGCACAAGGAGCGCCCGGACGACAAGGUCAUCACCAAGGUAACGAGCGUGGCGCAGCUGCGCUUGAUGUCACGCGAUCUUCUGCUGCAUCGCGGUGGUCUUCGAGAAGUGGACGCACAUGCACUGAAACAUCUGGACAACUUUCUGGCCGCCUUGCGAUGCCUGAAGGAGGCAAAGGACAGUGUGGACACGCUUUUCCAGUUUUUGUGUACAAACUACUAUGACCCCCCAAAACAAGAAGACGGUAGUAAGGAGUUCACAACGGUGGCAAAUCAGAAGCUUUCACAUGAUCUGGGGACAAAGUCGCAUGGGUCUGUUGUCGGUAACAACGCCCACGAUUCUUUAUCUUACCAGUACGGCAUACAGACACCAGAACAGAUGUCGGGUAACGCAGCCCACAAGCUGCAUCUCACGGUCAUCGACAUGCGGGACAUCGUGACCCGCUGGGCGCACCUCCAGGAAGAAAACGACAUUAACGUAGACGACUUUGACCCUGAAAGCCUACAGGACUUGCUACUGCUGCAGGGAACGUCAGCGUUUCAAGCGGUUUUGAGACUUUUGCCGGACAUCUUUGCAAAGUUCUACAAGUGCCUGGAGUUGGCUAAACAGUGGUGGCUGCUGGCUCAUCAGAUUUAUCCAGUCCUUCCAAUAUAUCGUCCAGUCCCUCCAGUCACUUCCCCCUCUAAAGAUGGGACUUUUGACGACGAAGGCAGCGAUGGUGGUGACGUACAGUCUGCAGCCGCCUCCCCCGUAGUCGUUGCUAAAGAUGACGUUUCGUUUCAAGAACAACUGGUGUCGUUGAACGAAGACAUACACAACACAGAAAACAUGUUGCUAACAUUCAGAAACGACUUGGAGCUUCUUUUGGACCGAGAGCGCCAUUUUGAAAGUCUCGUGGAAGCCUACGAAAAAGUUACCUCCCAGCUGGACGAGAAGGCACGAGAGCGCAGGGCACUGACUGCGGCUAGAGAAGCCGACUCUAGUUCAGCAUCAGGCGAUAUCCGCCCAACAUCCAGCGGCCGGCCAGACGGCCAUCCUCAGGAAAAGCUGAUGUCAGCAACAGAGCAGACUCGGGACAAGCACCUUCUGGAGGCAGCGGAGCGCGAAAUGCAGCUUCUGCAGUUUCAACAGACCUUGCUGCUGCAAGACUAUCUCAUUCAGCUGGAGAUGCGGCCCAGCCUCAUCCGCUUCACCGAGGACCUCCGCAUGAAGACUCGCGAGGCAGAGAGUCAUCUAGCUGACAAAGUAGCGGAGAAACAACGCGUGGAGCAGAGCAUCGUGGCGAACAGACAGGGUCAGAAUUCACUUGCGGUGGCAUCGUCACUACAUACCGCGGUCAGGCCAGAGUCAUCGAAACUCGUCUCCAGUCACGAUUCUGGUCUGUUGGAAGAGGGAGACAACGGCGAAGAGCUGAAGAGAGUGGAUGGGAAAUUAGAAAAAGGAGCAAGAUUGAAAGGUGAGGAGAGUAAGUCGCAGGUCGCUCGUCUUCAAAGCCGGCCACAGCAGGCGCCUAACACGACCAGUCAAAGUGCUGCUCGAGAUCCCCUUAAGCGCAGACGCAGAAAAUCAUUUCCGUCUUUAGCUCGCCAAGGAUCUCAGCGUUGACCGUCCAUCGUUGCAUCGAGUGCAACAGAAAAAUAAAAAACAAAAAUCGCAGAUAUCUGACUUUCCGGCCAGUUAGGAAUCCAUCCACAUCCAUGUCUUUCUAUUUCAUCGAUGUAUGAAGAAGACAAUGAAAAAGGUGAAACGAGGGAAAGCGGCCUUCUUGAGGCCGGCUGAUGACCUGUUUGCCGGAACAGACCAUCAGACCUGAGCGGGGCAGCACAUACCAAUCAGACCAAUCAGGCCGCGAGCAGCGUCUGAUCCUCGGUUUGUUUGUUUGUUUGUUUUUUAAGCUGCGUCCUCAACCUCAGCCUCAAGUCUUCCUCCCAGCACCGACAGACCGCGAUACCUCCAUGUCACAGACAGCCUCAGUAAUAACUCAGACGUGACUGCGAAGGGGCAGAGGCUGAUAACUGGUGACAGCGACAUGAAGAAGUAAACGGGCGUUACCAAGGUAGCAAAGACAAAGUCACAGUAGUGCUUCUAAUUCUGGGUUGGGUUGUUGUUGUUUUUUUCUGCAUCUUUGUUUACGAGUAUAGGGGACAUUCUCCGAUGUGUUUAUCAACAGAUAAAAAUCAAGAGAAAAUUGCAGUAUUCGAGGUGGGCGGUGCUAGAAUGUCAAUUCCAGCUAGUCCUCAAAUUCUUUUCCUAGAAGUCGCUGGUAAUCUGGAAAGUUCCAUACGUAGAAACACUGUUGGUAUAGAUUUUAUUCUUCCCUGCUGCUUCUAAUGCAUUUAUUCUUUUCUAAGCAACUGCUUUGCUGUGUUUGCGGGUGUAAAUGUUGCGCCUGACGUGGCCGGGUGAUGGUUGUACUUGAUGUGCAAGUAUUUGUAAUGACAAUGUUUACUGGCGAAGAAUGUCACUGCAUGUUGUUGUGGUGCAUCCAUAUGCUGUGGAUGAUGUAGUUGUUGCAGAUGCUGCGUUUAAAAAGUUGGAAGUGAGAUGUCGCGAAUCGCGCCAGUCUUUGUGAACUUUAUUAGUGUAUUCUUCUGUCUUGUUGAUACAAAUUGUGAUAAUAACACAUCAGACAUCAGCGUCUGUUCUUGUAUGGAUUUGAUUUACACAAGUUUCAAUAAAGUUUAUGCACAGAAUAAGCAUCAUGUUUUGUGCUUUAUGGACCCGUUAAAGAUUAUGGUCUGAGAAGGCAGGUGGUGAUGUCAAGAUUACAAUAGAUAUUCCACUAUAUCCAAUCUGACUACUAAUCUCCUGUUGUGACAACACUUAAGUCGCAGUAAUUGCACACAAAUCAACAUUAGGUGGCUAAAUUGUGACCAUCAAGACCAUCAGCUUCACAGCUGGAAAGCCAAGUUCCCAGAGCGCCAGAAACUUCAGCAGUCAAAAGCACCCAUCUCUUUGCUAGCUGCUGCCUCCGAGCAAAGGACACACACAGACAAUUCUCUUUAAACAUUUCUUUAAUAUGCAUAAUUGGCAACAAAACAUUCAACAGUUUCAAAGUUUCCAGGUCUUUGCACCUUUCUGAACUAUCAGCAUGCAGAGAUCUUGGUGCUGAAACUGACAAUUCUUUAUUCAAGCUUAUACUUGUACACCUGUUACAGCAUUAUCAACAGCAUCACCAGCAAAUGUCAUCUAGUCCACCUCAUACCAAGCCUUCCCAGCACACGUGGUAGUCCACCUGGGGAAACCACUCUAAGGCUCUUUUCCCAUUUUUCUUCAGCUGACAUUCCUUUACCCUUAUUUAAUCUGGAGAUGGAGUAGUGGGAAAACAAAGUUUCCUUCCACAAGGCAUAUACUGCAAGAUAAGCAGGUCAAUGUCAACAAAGCAAAAGGACUGGGUUGGGGGAGGGAAUGUCUUGUUCACCCCUCCACAUGCACACUGCCACCAACAUUAAGAUGUGAUGUUUGACAAAACAACACACAGCUAUGAGGGAUGAAGAACGAGCUAGGCAUUCUGCCUGCUGAGGGUGUGAUGCUAGCCAAUUUUAGUGAAAUAAGAAAAAAGAAACUAGCAGAAAAUUGCUUCAACACAAUUUAAGAAAAAAAUUUACUGCCAAAUCAUUUAGUAAAGAGUCUCAUGGUCUAGUGGCAAUAAAGGGCAGGGAACCAUAAAUGAUUCACGAUGUCUUGGGCAUGGCAUGUGUAAAGUGAAGGUCAACCUCCCCUUUUGCCACCUCGCAACCAGGUACUCAUUUCUGUUCAAUAGCUAUUUUUUCAAGCACACAGCCCCGAGAAUGUCUCAGACCAGUAACUUUCUGCUCCUCUGCCACCAGACUACAGAGC